GUUCAAGCUCAAAUCCAGCAGCAUAACAAGCGUCUGGUGAAAAGCUCUAUAUCGUUAAAACCUACGUCCUUUGACUCGUUUACUGGGAAAAUAAGUGCAACGAAUUGAGUAUUACUCAAAGUUGGAUGUAACCUGAAGUGAAAGAAGAGCGAAGGUCCUUAAUAAGUGAGAUUUGCCGGGACCUUUAUGUGAGAACAUCUACCGGAGAGACCCGGGACAGAGACUGGAGGAGAGAGACCAGGAGACACGCUGAUUUGUGUCCUGGACCUGAGCUCGUUCCUUUAUCCGCCUUCAGGGAGUAAACUCGGGGUGUGAAACCCGAUCCAGACGUUUUUCACUUGCAUUGGUGUAGACACACAGGUGCUGGAGCUGAAUCAUGGAGGCCGUCGCCAAGUAUGAUUUCAAAGCGACUGCUGAUGACGAGCUGAGUUUUAAACGCGGAGAGAUCCUGAAGGUAUUAAAUGAAGAAUGUGACCAGAACUGGUACAAGGCAGAGCUGAAUGGAAAAGAUGGAUUCAUCCCCAAGAAUUAUAUAGAAAUGAAAGCACACCCGUGGUUCUUCGGUAGGAUUCCCCGGGCGAGAGCAGAGGAGCUGCUGAACAAACAGAGGCAUGAUGGAGCUUUCCUUAUUAGAGAAAGUGAGAGUGCACCAGGAGACUUCUCCCUGUCUGUGAAGUUCGGCAAUGACGUGCAGCACUUCAAGGUGUUGCGUGAUGGUGCAGGAAAGUACUUCUUGUGGGUUGUAAAAUUCAACUCGCUCAACGAGCUGGUGGAUUAUCACCGCUCUACCUCAGUCUCACGAAACCAACAGAUUUUUCUACGGGACAUUGAGCAGGUGCCUCAGCACCCCACGUAUGUGCAGGCCCUGUUUGACUUUGACCCUCAAGAGGACGGAGAGCUAGGUUUCCGCCGUGGAGAUUUCAUCCAGGUCCUGGACAACUCUGAUCCUAACUGGUGGAAGGGCGCAUGCCACGGGCAGACAGGCAUGUUCCCACGCAAUUACGUCACACCUGUCAACCGGAACAUGUAAAGCAACAAACGUCUAGGUCCCUUCUUUCCAAAAACACACACCCCUUCUCAAAAAAGCCUAAAUGUCCCCCUCUGCCGUUAACACCCCGUGUUUUGCAGAGCAAAAAGAGAACAAUGGAAGCUGGAAAAAAGAGAAAAAAGGUCAGCAGAGUGUGUUUCAUUUUUUCAGUGACAUGGGCGCAAAAAAAAAUCAACACUGAUUCCUGAGAAUUAUUGUUUGCAUCACUAUGAACGCUUGCAGCCAGGGUCUAAUGAGCCUAAGCUUAGUGCAACACCAAACAAAUUAACGCCACAACGAUCCUGUGUGUAGAUUUCCCCUCCCCAUCGUCUCCUUUUCAACACCUUAUCCCUGUAGUGCAUUUUCCUUUCAUUAAGUUUUGGCUGCAUGUUUUAAUCACAUUGUAAUAGUAAAUUUUGAAUUUUGAGGCCAUUUUAAGUUCAAGAAAAAGAUUUAAAAUGAAAA